GACAGAAGAGGCACGAUUAACAAACGAGGAGUGCGCAAUUUCUCUGACGAGGCACAUAUUCGGUCAUAUUUUGUCAGCCUUCCGAUAUACAUUUUGGUUUGUAUAUAUUCAAUCUAUCGAAAUUUGUUUCCCCUGCGCCAUCGCAAGCGUAACAUUACAAUCCAAACAGCACGUUCCAGAGUAAGCGGAGAAUUGUAUUUCUUCCCUUGUCACUUUACGUCACAAAAUACAGAAAAAAAUGUUCUACGGUGCUAAGGGAUUUGCGAGAUAUUUCCCCACCAAAAGAAGAAAUCUGUUUAGGAUUGAAGGUAUUAAGAAACAUUAUGAGAUGGUACCACUCCUCAUCUUGCAAACUUGCGCGUUUUUCGCCAUGCCCUUCUGGUCGUACCAUAGAAUGUUCCUUACCACGAUUGACGUUCAGCUGACCGAGUAUCAGAGAUUCGAAAUUCCGUCUAAACCGAGAUUUUUCGACCUGCGGAAUCCUCGUUCAAUGAAGCUGAUAACGUUCGGAAAGGAAUGGAAACCGGCCAUUCAUCUGGACAAUCGUUACAGACUGAUGCGGCACGAACCGAUGCUAGACGCCUACGGUAACGUGACCGAUAAGAUUGGAUCAGAAUAUUAAUCGAGAAGAGAUAGAGGAAGUUCGCGAAUUUAAAUACAAUUAUUGUAAUGCAUGCGGUAACGACGCUAAAGCACUUAAUGGACGUCAGGAGGGAGAGUUUCUUAAGUCAAUAAAAUGAGAUUUAAUCUAUUAA